UGCAACGGUUACGCGGAAUUCGGAGUGCGUCGAGUGGAGUGCGCCUUCUAAUUGUGAUCUGAAGGGCAAAGGAUAUGAGGAACCGAUCAUGACAAACCAAGAAACGCUGUCAAGGACAUUUUCUCUUUAUGGACUGCUUUGGCACGACGAACUUUAAUAUCUUAUUCUCAAAAGAGGACAUAUUGCUUAAAGUAUAAGUCGUUGCGGUGCAAGCGUCUUCAGCAAAACGUCAUCUAUAGGCUCUUUCUCAGAGACACCGCUCUGUAUAGGCUACGCAGUGUCAUGAAAUGUGCGUGUGGCACCGUACCUUAUGUGAUUCAAGACAGUCGUGUUGGAACUUAAAUAAGGGAUAUUUGUCCUAUUUUAACGUUCCUUAAGACAAGGAUACAAUAUUGAACAUUUUCUACUCAAGACUAUAAAUGGACCUGCAGUCACGCCACCCCUGACGCUCACCCACAGACCGUUUCAUGGGUUCCCGACCAACAGUGGGCGAACCUAACCGGCUUACAUGCCCAGACCUCCAGCUUUGGAAUAUUGGGGGCCAUCAUUCAAAGUUCACACAACUCUCAGUAAAAUAGAGGCAACCAAAUUGUAUUGCAUUGAAAGUGAUCGACUGAGAUUUAUAAAAUUAGGCUAUUUGUAAGAGGCAUCAUAUCUGUGCGCUUGAUUGCCAAGAAUGAUUAUUGAUGGCAAUAGAUUAUACGUUGUUACAUUGUAGCUAAUUACAUUGUGUAAUUGUUCAUUAAUUAAUCAAGUUACAGUUUCAAYUCAAUCAUUGGAGUGUUUGCCUACUCAUUUGCUCAUGAUUUUUCACGUUCAUGCGUAACGGUAUGGGAAUGCCACCAGCGCUGUCAUUUCAUAGGAUGGAACCUAAGGACAACAGAUGGAAUAUUGAUUGAGUGGAGAGAAAAGCAAAACACCAAUUCAUUGACCAACAUUUGGCGUGACUUUUGGUGUACUGCACAAUGGGGAUUUUGCUUCAAGUCAUUCUAGGAAUGUUCCUCUUGCUCUCAAGAAUACGCACAUCCCAUGCCAAGCUAGCCCACUGGAGACCUGCAGACACCACCCCCAAAUCCAGAGAAGUGCGUCGGUGGUUGGAGGUGUACUCUCGUAGUGUUUGUGAGCCCAGGGAUACCCUAGUGGAAGUAUGGCAGGAGUUGCCAGGGGAGACGCAUCACCUCUUCGUGCCCUCCUGUGUGUCGGUCCGCCGCUGUGGCGGGUGCUGCUCCGACGAGGCACUGGAGUGUGUGCCCUCACUCACACAAACUAUCACCAUGGAGCUAAUGAAGACCUCCUUUAUGAAGCAUGAGCUCAUCGAGCUGGACUUUGUUGAGCACAAGCCAGUACUAAAACAGGAUCUUCAGUCAGCCCCAACCAGGCCUGCAAAGCCUCUGAGGAAAGGCAGGAAAAGGGACAGAGAAAAAUCCAAAAGAAAGAAAAUUGGAACUAUCAAAACCACACCCUCCUCUCCCCCCACUACCCCAUUUCCUCUCCCUACCACCCUGUCUUCCUUGCCAGGCCCUCGAUGUACCCCCUGUCCUGGGAGGAAGUGGACGCUCGAUUUACAGUCUUGUCUGUGUCGCUGCAACGUGACCACAGAGAGCUGCAGUCAGAAAGGGAGGAGACUKAACCAGCACCUCUGCAGAUGUGAGGCCAUGAGGCGGUGAUGCUCUCUCUCCCCUCUCUCUCUCCCCUCUCUCUGUCUCUCCACUGGUUCCAAUGUCACUCUCAGCCAUGCUUAGCGCAAUCCUGGGUACCUCUCUGUCAGGGGUGGGGUGGGGAAGCAUAUUCCUAAGUACUCCCUUCUGUGUCCCUCCUUGUCCUCCAGAAACCCCUUCGGGAAGUUUUCA